CCCCUAAAAAUGAGGAACCCCGUCCUGACCUGGCAACCUCGUGACACACCUGCUGCACAGGAAACGGUGUCACGUGCCGCGGCUCAGUUUGCACGGAGGUUCCGGCCCAGUGACGUCCGCAGACCUGGCUGUUUCCUGUCUUUGGGUUCGAGUCCUCCACGUCCGGAUCAACUGAUCGUUACUUUAUUUCAUUGAUUUUUCCUCUAGUAAACAUAGUUGUUGGUUCCGCAUGUCUGCCUGAAAAUGAUGAGCCCAGAAGACAAAAAAGCGACACGUGUGGAAACUCCAUCCUUUUCUGAACCAGGGGCAUCUGGGCAUUACAGUAAGAACAAUUUACAAAUACGUAAAAAAUUGUUCUGGAAAGACGUUAAAAGCAGCCCUGAUUCUCAAAACCAUAAGCAGAUAGAAACUACUGAAAAUUCACCAAACUGUAGUUUUGGUUCAUCUGAAUAUUCAGAGAAGAAAUCUGUAAACCAGCCUCAGAAAUGCAAAAGAAAAAGUGUUAGCAAUGAAGAGGGGUGCAAACUAAUUUAUUUCAAGGCAAUUUCUGCAGCAUUUGGAAAAGAUGUACUAAGUAAAUAUCCGAAGAAAUCUGAAAAAGAAAAGAGAAAUCAGGAUUCAACUUCAGAUGUUGAAGAGCACAAGACAGCUCAUGGAAAAUAUUCUUUUCCUACACUGGGGACAGACGAUAAACAGAAACGGUUAGAGAGGAAACAUCAUGUGAGCAAUACUGCUCCUCUGGACUUCAGGGAUGUAGAAGACGAAAGAGAGAUCAGUCUUCCAGAAAAGUUUAACAAGGGCAUUGUAUCAAAAGAAGAUGAAUUUGAUGAUCCUGACUGGUCAGAUGAUGAUGGUGACAACAUUGAUGUAAAGACUUUUUCACAAGAUGAAUUUUGCUCUAACUCGACACAUUUGAAGAAGGACCAACAUGAAGAAUCAACAUUUUCAAAUGAGAGUUAUGGCAGCCCUUUCUGCAUGUCUAAUUAUUGGAGUAGCCCACAGGAGAACUGUAACACAAGCUUCCAGAACAGCAUACAGUCUUCUCCUUUGACUGACACACAGGGCAGUUUUUGUUACCAAGAAAACAGCAAUAGUAACAAUGUUAAUUAUUAUUCUUACUACCCCCAAAGCAGUCCUUUGGCACCUGUUGACCUCAGAAAUGUCACAUCCGCCAUCUAUCAUAGUUCUCCUUUGCCUAUUUAUUCCUCUGAUUUGAACUUUUCAGUGAAAAAUUUGAGCAUAAGAAAAAAAUAUUCACAAGACACUUGUAGUAGAUUAUUACGUGUGGAUUCCGAUUAUAUGUCUCAGGAAGCUGAUGCAGAAAGUUUACAUGAUUUUUUAGAAAUGUCAAAGAAACGGCACAGGCAUGGGUUUAUUGACACCCAUUGUCACUUGGAUAUGCUUUUUGCUAAACUGGCUUUUAAGGGAUCUUUUUCCAGCUUUAAGAACAAAUACAAGAGCACCUUCCCAACUGAAUAUGAGGGGUGCAUAGCUGACUUUUGUAAUCCAAGGUACUUGAUCAAGGAUCACUUAUGGGAGAGUUUGCUCGCAGAAGACCAAAUUUGGGCAGCUUUUGGCUGUCAUCCACAUUUUGCAAAGUAUUAUUCGGUUGCACAGGAGAGCACUAUCCUCAAUGCAAUGAGACAUCCAAAAGCAGUAGCAUUUGGUGAGAUUGGACUCGACUAUUCCCACAAGUGUUCCACGGACAUCUUAAAGCAGCACAAGGUAUUUGAACGACAGUUACGUUUGGCUGUAGACCUGCGAAAGCCAAUUGUUAUUCACUGCAGAAAUGCGGACAAGGAUUUAUUGGAGAUUAUGAGGAAGUUUGUACCUAGAGACUACAAAAUCCAUCGACACUGUUUUACAGACGGCUAUGAUGUAAUAGAGCCUUUUCUACAGGAGUUUCCUAAUCUGUCUGUAGGAUUCACAGCACUUGUCACUUACUCAAGUGCUGCCAAAACAAAGGAGGCUGUGAAAAAGAUACCACUAGACAGAAUAAUCAUAGAAACGGAUGCUCCUUAUUUUUUACCUCAAAGAGUAUCGAAGAAUGUAAUUAAGCAUUCACAUCCUGGCCAUGGUUUGUGCACUAUCAAGGAGAUUGCCAAAUUGAAGUCCGAAAAACUGUCCACGGUGUUAUCAGCAUUGCGUCGAAAUACCAAUGAUUUGUAUGGUUUAUAAGUUUGAAGAACUAUUUCAGGGUAUUUGUGACAAACUGGUGGAGCCUUGAACAAUUACUUAAGAAAUCAGAUGUUAGUUGUAUUAUGUUUACUGUAGGUUUUGUUUAUAAGGAACAAGUUGUUAAGGUUUAUGUAAGUUUUGUUCAAGGCAGUAGUAGCUUCUGCAUACCAGUUAUACAAAGAUGGAUGGAUAUAGCAGUAAGCAAAUCAACAUAUCGGGGCUUUUAAAUAUUGUAGCAUCUGAUUAAAUUCCAGUUCAUUAUUCACUUGUCUACACAUUUUUGGAAACAUUAUUCAUUAAUGUAUGAUUUAUUGUCCAGUGAUCACUUCAACUAGUAUUCCUGGACAAUGUAUUUUGUUUUGUUCACAUUCUGUUUUAAAACUGCAAUGUCACAUCAGAAUGCUACAUAGUAAUAAAUGGUGCACUUUUGUAUUAUGCUUUAACAGUCUUGUAUUCAUGUUUUGUAUCCCUGCCAGUUGUCUUUAUUUUUGGUUUGUAGAUAUUUUAAAUAAAAAUAUCCAGCCUACUUUGUCUUUAAUUUGGAAACAAAUGAUCGGAUGGCUUUUCCAUAUAACCGUGUUCCUUUUAGACCUUAAUGAUAUGAGGAACAACAAAUGUUAUGUCUCUUUAACGGUCAGUUAUGAUUCUUGCCAUAUCUGCACUUCAAUAGUUUCCACAAUGGCAUGUAUUGUACUCUAAAUACAUA